GACGAUUAGAACUUCCGGCUGUGACGUCACACGCCCCGCCAUCUUGGCCCAAACCAGGGAGUGCCCGUGGGGAAGACGAAAGUAAAGGGGUGUCCAGCCGAUGAGGCUCUCAUCCAAUGGGAAGUUAGCCAAGAUCUGAAGUCCCACAAACUGAAGGUAGCCACGACAACGGGAACAAGAAACUUGACAUCUGUGUGAUUAAGUGCAACUUACACGGCUUUACCUGGGGUGGUGAAUAUAGGCCAAGAUGGCGACGCUAUCGCUCAAGAUCAGCGUUGUCGGCGGAAACGUCGUCAAGACGAUGCAGUUCGAGCCGUCCACCAUCGUCUUUGACGCAUGUCGUAUGAUCCGGGAAAGGAUAGCUGAAGCCAAUGCCGACAAUCCUUCCGAAUAUGGACUUUUCCUGGCGGAUGAUGAUCCCAAGAAAGGGGUGUGGCUAGAAUCUGGGCGCUCCCUCGAAUAUUAUCUUUUAAGGAAUGGGGAUCUGUUGGAGUACAAAAAGAAGCACCGCAUACUGCGCGUGCGGACGCUGGAUGGCACGGUCAAGACAAUGCAGGUGGAUGACAGUCACUCUGUUGGUCAGCUUAUGGUCACUAUCUGCUCCAAGCUCGGAAUUACAAAUCAUGACGAGUAUUCCCUGGUACGAGAACUUCCCGACGAUGAGAAAGAGAAAACGUUGACCCUGAAGCGAGACAAAUCCUUGGCCAGAGACCAGAAAAAGCUAGAGGAGAUGAAAAAGAAACUUCACACAGAUGAUGAAUUGAAUUGGUUGGACCACUCUAAGCCCUUAAGAGAACAAGGUAUUGACUCCAAUGAGACGCUUCUGCUGCGCCGGAAGUUCUUCUUCUCUGAUCAGAACGUGGAUGCACGUGACCCUGUGCAGUUGAACUUACUGUAUGUACAGUCCCGAGACGCCAUUCUGAACGGCACGCACCCUGUCACCCAGGAUGAGGCUAUCAUGUUCGGGGGCAUACAGUGUCAGAUUCAGUUUGGGGAUCAUGUUGAACACAAGCACAAACCAGGCUUUCUCGAGCUGAAAGAAUUCUUGCCCAAGGAAUAUGUCAAAGUGAAAGGCAUUGAGAAGAAAAUUUUUGUGGAACAUAAAAAGUUUGUCAGUCUGUCAGAAGUGGAAGCCAAGGUCAAGUACACCCACCUGUGCAGAUCACUGAAAACUUACGGUAUUACCUUCUUCUUAGUUAAGGAGAAGAUGAAGGGCAAGAAUAAACUGGUACCUCGUCUGCUCGGAAUUACAAAAGAGAGUGUUGUGAGAGUGGACGAGAAAACAAAAGAGAUUUUGAAGACCUGGCCCCUAACUACAGUAAGAAGAUGGGCAGCGUCCCCAAACAGUUUUACUCUGGAUUUUGGUGACUAUUCCGACCGCUACUAUUCUGUACAGACGACGGAGGGAGAACAGAUCGCUCAGCUUAUCGCCGGAUACAUUGACAUUAUCCUGAAAAAGAAAAAGGCCAAGGACCAUUUGGGUAUAGAGGGUGAUGAAGAGUCAACCAUGUAUGAGAUUCUGUGUCGCCGGCAAGUGAGCUAUCAGCAACCCACCAUUAUCCAGCACCAGAAAGGAAAUGUGGGCCAUGCGAGUACAGGAUCCGUAGCGCUUCCCGCAGUGCUACGUAGCGGGGCGGGCGGGGAGUCACAGUUCACCACUGGAUCUAUGCAGCAGGCAAAGCACACGCAUGUGUCAAACAAAGCCCACUCUGCCCACAAUCCUCCAUCUGCUCAUAAUAUCCAGCAGUAUGAAUUAACCCAAGCCCAGAGGGCGCUGCUCAUCACUAUUGAGGAUGGGAAAGGUGCUAUUGGAAAGGCAGAAAAUGAUCUUAACACAAGGAUGGAGUUACCUCCCUUGGGAUCAGAUCCAGCUUCAAAGAAGUGGAAAGAAGACCAGCUUGACCUCUCUAAGCAGAAGGUCAGCUCCCAGGUGUCUGCCAUGUCUGCAGCCACGGCCCAGAUUGUGACCUUGACCUCUGGUGGUCCUGAUGAAACAGACUAUAACGCUGUCGGUGCUGCAGUGAAUACAAUUGCUUCCAACCUGGGAGAGUUCAGCCAUGAUGUCAAGAUGUUGGCUGCUCUCCAAGAAGAUGACAAAGGUCGUCUUCUUGACGCUGCACGGAGAUUGGCUGGGGCUUUCUCUGAUCUGCUCGAUGCUGCACAACCUGGGUCCAAAGAGCCUCGCCAGAAUCUGCUGGCUGCUGCCAGUAAGGUGGGCGAGGCCAGCCAGGAUGUGAUGAAAGGUGUGGGCGAAACGGACGAGGAACUGGACAAAGCCUUCCAGGACACAUUGUUGGCUCUUGCCAAAGCGGUUGCAAAUGCUACUGCUGCUCUGGUGCUGAAGGCCAAAAAUGUGGCAGGAAGUUGUGAAGACCAGGCCCAGCAGAACAAGGUGGUCAGCUCAGCCACAAACUGUGCCCUGGCUACGUCUCAGCUAGUGGCCUGUACCAAGGUGGUCACUCCGACAAUCGCUAAUCCGGCAUGUCAAGAACAGCUGAUAGAGGCGGCCAAACUUGUUGCGAAGGCUGUGGAGGGAAUUGUGGAGGCAGCACAGUCUGUGUGUCGCGAUGACCACCUUCUGCAUGACCUAGGGGGCGCUGCUACUGCUGUGACGAAAGCUCUUAAUGACCUCCUGCAACACAUCAAGAAAGGCACAGGAUCAGGGGAGGGUGGUCAGAAUGAGAAGGCAGUGGACACCAUAUUGACCGCCACUGACCGUCUAUUCAGCAGCAUGGGUGACGCCCCGGAGAUGGUCAAGCAGGCUCGCAUAUUGGCCCAGGCAACCACACAUUUGGUGAAUGCUAUAAGGGGCCAAGCUGAUUCGUACUCAGAUUCGGACAUCCAGCGGAGACUUCUCGCAGCUGCCAAACAAUUGGCUGAUGCCACGGCAAGGAUGGUCGAAGCUGCUAAGGGUUGUGCCAUGAACCCCAAUGAUUCACAUCAGCAGCAAAUCCUGAGAGAGGCUGCAGCUGAUCUCAGGUCUGCCACCAACGCCGCAGCCAGCAAUGCCCUGAAGAAAAAACAGAUGAAGAGACUGGAGAAAGCUGCCAAAGAAGCGACAUCUGCUGCUACUCAACUGAUCAACUCCUCUAACACAGCAGGGAAGUCAAACAGGAACACAGUCUCCCAGCAGCACCUUAUUGAACAGUGCAGGGCCGUGAGUGAGCUUAUCCCCUCCAUGGUGCAGGGCAUCCGUGCCAUGAGUAAUAACUCUGACUCGGCUGUUGCUCAGCUCAACUUGAUUAACGCCAGCCAGAACUUCAUACAGCCUGGAAGUCGCCUGGUUGCCAAUGCAAAUGCUGCCCAGCCAACCGUCGCUGACCAGGCAGUACUCACGCAGUUGACCAAUGACAUUAAGACCAUGUCUUCUGCUCUGUCUGAACUCCGCACUGCUGUCGGCAAGGCUCAGGAAGCGUGUGGGUCGCUGGAGAUUGACAGUGCCUUAGAUCAACUCCAUGAACUCCACAGAGAUGUACAUACGGUCAAACAGACGGCCGCUGCCGGGAAACUGAUACCACUGCCGGGAGAAACGGCGGAAACCUCGGCUCUCCAGGUCGGAACAACUGCCAAAUCUGUCGGCUCUACUAUGGCACAGCUACUCACAGCUGCAGCUCAGGGCAAUGAGAACUACACGGGAAUUGCUGCCCGUGACACGGCUAACGCUCUGAGUGUCCUGGCCGGAGCUGUGAGAGGCGUUGCCGCCACGACAAAUGACAAGAACAUCCAGAAUGACAUUUUGGACGCUGUGCGAGACGUGAUCGAGAAGUCGAUGACCCUCCUGGAAGAGGCGAAGGCGGCAGUGAAUAACCCCAAUAACCCAGACAACCAGGCCAGGCUCACACAGGUUGCCAAACUGGUAUCAGAGGCGCUGAAUGGCUGUGUAAGUUGUCUCCCUGGACAGCGGGACGUGGACAGUGCGAUCCGUCAAAUCACCAGCACCAGUCAGGUCUUCUCUUACACAGAGUUUCCCUCCACCACCCAGUCUUUCCAAGAGGUCCAGUUGGGUCUGAACAACGCAGCUGUCAAUCUGAACCAAGCUGCCAGCAACAUCGUCACCGCUGCGCGUGGCACGCCACAGCAGCUCUCCGAGUCCUCAGUGCGCUACGGUUCGGCUUAUCAGGAUUUUGUGGACAGCGGUCUCUUGAUGGCUGGACUUACCAGCGACAUCGACACGCGCCAUCAAAUAGUCGGUGGUCUCCGAAACGUCUCGAUGACCUCCAGCAAACUUUUACAGGCGUCCAAGUCUGUGUCUGCGGACCCUAACGCUCCCAACGCUAAAAAUAUCCUAGCGCAGGCUGCCAGGUCUGUGACAGAGAGCAUCAACCACUUGAUUAACAUCUGUACAGUCUCCGCACCCGGGCAGAAGGAGUGUGACAACGCUCUUAGACAGAUACAGAUGAUGCGCCCCCUCCUAGAGAACCCCAAUGAACCUGUCAGUGACAUGUCUUAUUUCGAGUGUCUCGAUUCUGUCAUGGAAAAAUCCAAGUUGCUGGGAGAAUCCAUGACAGGAAUCUCAAACCAUGCCAAGAAAAACGUGAUAGAGGAUUUCUGUGAUGAUGUGAGGAACUUUGCCACGUCUGUGUGUGGUUUGACAGAAGCAUCAGCGCAGGCUGCAUACUUGGUGGGCAUUUCGGAUGCUGCUUCAGUUCCUGGUCGUCCGGGUCUGGUCGACCAAUCGCAGUUCGCGCGAGCAAACCAAGCCAUCCAACUUGCCUGCCAGAAUCUGACCAACCCUGCGAGUUCCCAACAACAGUAUUAUGCAAACAGGAGUUUUAGAGCAAUGGUUCUGUCUGCAGCUACUGUUGUGGCCAAGCAUACGUCUGCGCUGUGCAAUGUUUGUCGAGUUGCCUCCUCUCGAACGUCCAACCCUGUUGCUAAGCGACACUUUGUCCAAAGUGCCAAGGAUGUGGCUAACAGUACAGCCAACCUUGUGAAAGCCAUCAAGGCACUGGACAUUGACUUCACAGAGGAGAACAGACAGCAGUGUGCUGCAGCUGCUGACCCUCUGAUCAGAGCUGUGGAUGAGCUGACCACCUUUGCCUCAUCACCUGAGUUUGCAUCUGUGCCAGCUAAAAUCAGCCACCAGGCGCGGCAGGCUCAGGUGCCAAUCACGAAGGCGGGCAUAUCCAUGAUUGAUGGUGCAUGUCACAUGUUGCAAGCUGCCAAACAAUUGGCCAUUAACCCACGAGACCCGCCCACUUAUCAGCUCUAUUCUAGUCAUAGCAAGAGUGUGUCGGACUCCAUCAAGAAACUUGUGUCUUCCAUCAAGGACAGUGCCCCAGGCCAGAGGGAGUGCGACAUCUCUAUAGAGCAGAUCAACCAGAGCAUAAAGGACUUGGACCAGGCCUCUCUGGCGGCCAUUAGUCAGAGCCUGGCCCCCAGGAAUGAUAAAUCCCUCAAGGGUUUUGAAGAACAGAUGAUCAACUCUGCCCGUGUCAUUCUCGACACUGUGGACACGAUCAGACGAGCGGCCAAAUGUGAACCAGAAAAGCUGGGGCAUGUUGCAUCUACUAUGGGCAGUUAUUUUGAGCCCUUAACCACUGGUGCUAUUGGAACUGCCUCUAAAACAGUGAACUCCAAACAACAGAUGUCCAUCCUGGAUCAGACGAAAACAGUGGCCGAGUCUGCGCUACAGCUGAUCUACGCAGCCAAAGAAGGGGGAGGUAACCCUAAGGCGGUGCACACUCACAAAACAAUCGAGGAGGCGGCUGACAGCAUGAGGGAGGUGUUACAGGACCUGCUGAAGACACUAGAAGAGGCGGCCUCUCAGGCAGGCCUGGUCACAAGCAUGCUGGACAGCAUUACCAAGUCCAUUACCAGGACUGAUGAGACAAUAAUGGUCAGUGAAAGCGCCUCGUACGUGGAUUACCAGACCAACAUGGUGAAAAUUGCCAAGCAGAUCGCCCGCACCGCUCAAGACAUGGUUGGGAAGUCGGGUACAAACGUGGCAGAGUUAGGGGCCUUGGCCAACGCAAUGACUCGUGAUUAUGCCCGUCUAGCUGCUGAUUCCCAGGGGGCCACCUCCGUCUCCAACAACCCUGAUGUUGCCAACAGAAUUCGCGCUGCAGUUCAGGAAUUGGGGAAGAGUUGUAUUGAGGUUGUCACAGAUGCUGGUAACAUCCAGGCUGACCCCACUGACAGCUAUGCGCGGAAAGAUCUGGCCGAACACGCUAGAAAUGUCUCGGAGAAGGUAUCUUAUGUUCUGGCCUCACUUCAAGCGGGUUCCCGCGGUACCCAGGCGUGUAUUAACGCCGCCAGCACAGUCAGUGGUAUUAUAGGAGAUCUGGACACGACCAUCAUGUUCGCCACGGCAGGCACGCUGAACGCGGAGGGAGACGAGACGUUUACUGACCACAGGGAGAAUAUUCUGAAGACAGCCAAAGCCCUGGUGGAGGACACAAAGACACUCGUAGCUGGAGCGGCGUCCAAUCAGGAACAGCUUGCAUCUGCAGCGCAGACUGCUGUCAAGACAAUCACGCGCUUGGCCGACGUAGUCAAAUUUGGUGCUGCGUCGCUGGGGUCGGAGCAGCCAGAGGCACAGGUGCUUCUGAUCAAUGCUGUCAAGGAUGUGGCCUCAGCUCUCUCAGACCUGAUCAGCGCCACAAAGAACGCAUCAGGCAAAGGCGUCAACGACCCAGCCAUGUUGUACCUCAAGGAUUCUGCCAAGGUAAUGGUUACAAAUGUAACUUCAUUGUUGAAAACUGUGAAGACUGUGGAAGAUGAAGCUGCCAGAGGCACCCGGGCUUUGGAAUCUACCAUCGAGGCCAUUGGCCAGGAAAUUAAGACAUUUGAGACGAGUUCCACAUCUGAAAAAGCUGGAACUGCAGAGGAUCUCGUCCGCUUCACCAAGCCUCUCACCAUGGCGACAGCUAAAGCAGUGGCAGCUGGGAACUCUGGCAGGUCCGAGGAUGUGAUCAUCGCCGCUAACAUGUCAAGGAAAGCUGUCAGUGAUCUCCUGGCUGUGUGCAAGUUUCUGUGUAAAAACACCAAUCAAAUAAAUAAAUCAGUUUGUAAAUGUAAUAUUUGUUCUCAGUUGAUGCAAAAACCAACUGCAGAAGGCCGACAAAACCUAGCGCAGAUCUCAAGAAAGGUGGCCAAUUCUGUCACGGAACUUGUGUUGUCAGCUGAGGCUAUCAAAGACUCGUAUGAGUACGAAUGGUCCUAUGGUGUGUCAGGUUCUGAUUGGGUGGACCCAGAUGAUCCCACUGUUAUUGCAGAAAAUGAGCUCUUGGGUGCUGCUAACUCCAUUGAGGCGGCUGCGAAGAAAUUAUCACAACUCAAACCACGACAAGCUGCUAAGGAAGCCGAUAUGAGCCUCAACUUCGAGGAACAGAUUUUGGAUGCUGCCAAAUCCAUUGCCGCGGCAACCGCAGCCUUGGUGAAGUCCGCCUCAGCAGCCCAGAGGGAGUUGGUCGCUCAAGGAAGGAUCGGAUCUUCAUAUCACAAAGGAGAUACAGAUGAGAACGGACAGUGGUCGCAAGGACUGAUCUCCGCAGCCCGAAUGGUUGCCGCGGCUACCCACAGCCUCUGCGAAGCAGCAAAUGCCAUGGUACAAGGGCAAGCCAGCGAGGAGAAACUGAUCGCGUCUGCCAAGGAGGUGGCAGGAUCCACAGCGGCACUGCUGGUGGCAUGUAAGGUCAAGGCCGAUCCCAACUCCAUAGCCAUGCAGCGUCUGCAGGCUGCGGGUAAUGCUGUGAAGCGGGCCACAGAGGCGCUGGUGAGAGCGGCCCAACAAGCUAAGGAAUGGCAGGAAGAUGAGGAGAACCUUACCAUCAAUAAGCGCAUGGUCGGCGGUAUCGCACAGGAAAUCAUGGCACAGGAGGAGAUUUUGAAGAAGGAACGAGAACUGGAAUCUGCUCGGAGAAAACUGGCGGACAUUCGCAAGGCUCGAUACAAGGAUAAACCAGAGGAAUUUGACUCCUCCUCGUUUUGAUGAAUUGCUCCGUAAAAAUCUGCGGGACUGUUAAUAAAUCUGUAUCAUAGUGUUAAUAGUGAAUGAUGAGACAGGAAACAGGUACAAGACAACCCCUGUUUUGAAAGUGGUGUAGUCAGAUUUCAGUCAUAUCAUAUUUGGGUCAUAGGUCAGUGGAAGAGCCUAUUAUUCUUCAGAAUGGGUGGAAUUUGUAAAUUAGGGAAAAUUAGCUUAGACCUGAAGAAAGAUUUGCUUCACUCUAAAGUUUUAAUCAUGAUGUUACAUAAUUUGCCCAUGCUGGAACAAAUACGGCUGAACUUGCCACUGCCCAUUUCCCUCUGUUGAGUACAGAUGUUUUUACAGAUGUUUAACUGACUUCCUGAAAUAUGUCAGCAGCCAAGAAGAAAGUUCCUUUCCAUUAUGUUGCGCCACUUUUGGGAAUUUAUUAUCUGAAAUGCCGAUUCUUGUAGUUUAAGAGAAAACUGGUAAUUUACAAAGUCAUCGAUGUAUUUUAGUUUUCGAACUGGCUUCUUAGUCUUUUUUGGUGUUCCCACUAAAGAUAGUCUUUAUUAUUUUCUUUGAUAUUUAUCUCUGCUUAACCUUGUGUUAUGUAAGUCAUUAAUGUCUAUGUAAUGCAUUAAGUUGUGCUAAACCUUUUUUUUUUUAUUACAUAAUUUUGAUCUUUACUGUAUUUCUUAUACCUCUUUGUGAUUAAUUUUUUUUUCAGCAUAUGAAAUUGUAAUUUUUCAGUGUAAGCUAGUAUAUAUAUAUAUUUUUUUUUUGAGUGAAUAUUACCUUUUUUCAUUGCCCUAUUUUAUUAUCCUACUUUUGUGUGGGAUUUUUUAAACUUUUUAUUUUAUGAUGCAAGUUUACUUGUGCUAUCUAUGUAUCUAUAUAGUGACUACUAAUACUGGAUUUUUCUCUUUUUUCAAUCGGAUCGACUUGUAAAUUGCAAAUUUCUCCAUUCAUUUAUAUUUCACUGUGCGCUGUACCAUAAAUAUUUCUGUACAUUGGCAGAAAAGAUUGACAGAUUUUGUCAGCGUGAAAAACAAUGCAUUUUUCCCCCCCAAUUUUAACCGUAAACCUAAUCCCAUUUCAAGUAUGUUGUCUGUCUUAAAAAUGUAGCUUUUUGCAUAUUUGAAACCUGCAUUUACAUGUAUAUGUGCUUAUGGAUCUUGAUCAGGUUUGCAUAUGUCAAAACCUUGCCUUGGUUUCUCAGUGGUUUUUGUUCAUCGGUAAACAUGAGCAGCCAGUCUUGAAGGGUGUGGUGGCAGGACGUAAUUGCCCUGCCACAAGAAGACACAUAAUAUGUACACACACCAAAUGACUCACACCAAAAUGCGGUCGCUGUGAGUUCAAGUCCAGCUCAUGCUGGCUUCCUCUCCGGCCGUAAUUGGGAAGGUCUGUCAGCAACCUGCGGACGGUCGUAGGUUUCCGCCGGGCUGUGCCCAGUUUCCUCCCACCAUAAUGCUGGCUAUCGUCGUAUAAGUGAAAUAUUCUUGAGUACGGCGUAAAACACCAAUCAAAUAAAUAAAUAAAUAAAUAAAUAAUGCCCAUACAUUCAUUCUUAAACGGUAACCAUGAAUUUUGCUUGCCAGUUUGUACCAGCAACCCACGCCAAAGGGUAAUCAUGAAUAUUCAUGAAGUUCUGUUUUCAGUUUUCCCUGCAGGUGAAGGAAUUGAAUGUAGAUUUUUCAUGGGUGUUUUUUUUUUUUUUUUAAAUGAAUAUUAGCUGACAUUGUAACAAUGAAGUGUGUACAUCCACAGCUGUGUGGAAAUUACAUGUACAAAGAAUUAAGGAAAAGUAUUGAGACUUUUUGAAUCGUAUUUUUUUAGUGUUCUGUUCAGUGGUUUGAUGCCGUGUACUACACAUUCUUCAGUAGUGUUGGAAUUAAAAGGGCCGUACAGCUAGAGUUAUACCUGGCCAGUAAGAGCUGCCAUAACCAAAGCUUAGACAUAGGACUAUUCAGAUGGGUGCAUUGUGCACAUGGCUUAGCUUGUGAAGAUCCACCAGAGGGCUCUGUUCUCUCCAGAAUAUCCCAUUAACACCAGGGGGCGCUGUGAAAUUACAAAUUGCAAAAUUUUGUACAUGCAUGCCUUGAACCAUGUAGAUAGAGGGGAAACAUUGAAGUGAUUCUUUGUAAUUGUAAAGCAGUAACGUCUAGGGAAAGAGAGAAAUUUAGGUAGCCGUUUAGAAAUGAUACUGAAGUAUGCAAAUAGAAGUAGCAAUAGACGUCAAGGUAACUUGUGGUUGCUAGAUGUAAAAUUUCAUUUGCAUGACGCCAGUUUCAAUUCUGGUCUUUUUUUUUCAAAUGAAGUUGUUAGUUUCAUAAAAUUUUUGGCCAGAAAAAUGGUUCUUGAAGAUGGAUUGUUUCUGUAGACCAGAAUAUUUUUUGAUCAUCGCCGAGCUUUUAAGAGUGAUAGUGUCCCAUUAAAUUGCAAGUUUUACUUUACAUUUGCAUCUGUAAAUGGCUUGUAAACAUUGCCUUUCAUCCAUGAAUAUAUUUUUGUAUUCUGAAUUGUGGGUCCUCCUGCUUGUUCCGUGUGAAAUAGGAGAACAGUCUUACGUCCAAUAAUUAGGAACUGUACACCGCUUUACACCUAGCACGUUCUUCUGAAGCAAAAACGGUUGUUUUAAAAUUUCUUUAAGGCCUUAAAUGAUGUUACAGAUUUCCCCUUCAAUGUGUUUAACUUAAUUCUCUACAAAGUGCUUUGUGAGGAAAAUUUUUCAAUGUGUAAAUUUAUCAUUUGAUGGGGAUCUGUUGAUGAAUUCAUUUCACUUCUGCUGUCAUUAAAACUGAUUUAAAUGGAACAGAAGUUUUUUUGAUCCGGGUGGAGGUCUCCAAUAUAGGCUUUUUAUCCUUACCCCUACAUUGUAAAUUCUGAUCUCCACGCAAAGGUAGAUUUUAGAAAGGUCUGAAAGUAAAUCUUAACUCCUAAAACCCUUUUGUCUCUUCAUGAGUUUGCAUUGCUACAUUUUAUCUUCAUUUCUUGGAUUUGAGGGGCUAUUUUAGCUCUUAUUUCCUGUUUGAUCUGACAUGAUUCAAAUGUUGCAUUCAAAUCUCACUCCCUGUCCCAAAUACUGCAUUCAAAUCUCACUUUAUGCUUCUGUUGUCAUCCGAGCUUGGCUCUUAUUGUAAACCAGCUUUUGAAGGGAAAACAUUACUAACAUUAUGCUAAUGUGUGGCAAUCUUCUGUGCUGGAGGUGAGAAUAUACUGUCUGGAAUGUAAGUUAAGUUUUAUUUUAAUGUGAUUGGUUGGUCUGGCUUGGCAGUGUGCCAAACUGGGGUGUAGACAUUUAAUUGGCUAUGUAAUUUGCAUGAUACAUAUCAGGCCGUCAUAUUUACAUAAUUUUUGUUGGACUAUGUAGGGUUAGAAGUGAUAAUUAGUAGUGUAGACAACAGAAGAGUAUCCUCCCCUUACACCCCUAGAGGGCAGUGCAUGUGGGUUGCCCUCGGUAUGACUUGGGGCAAUGUAUAUUUCAUGUGAUUACCAAAUAAUAAAAUAUUGUUAUACAUAA